CUGCCCCUCUGCUCUCCCCGGUGGUUUGACUCCGCCGGCUUGCCUCGGGCCGGGCAAUAAGGGGCCGGGCCGCGGAGGAGUUCGCUGGGGGAGCCGGCGAGUUCCUGGAGCCGGAGGGAGGGGACGCCGGGCUCCGUUGGGGCCGGGAGCGAGAGAAAGGAAGGAAGGAAGGAAGGAAGGAAGGAAGGAAGGAAGAAAAAAAGAAAGGGAGGGACGGAGCUCGGGAGCCGGCGUCGGGUUGCCCCUCGGGGCUCCGAGGGCGAGCGCGCCGCUCCGCAGUCCCGGCGCCCUGCCGCCUCCCGGCUCGGAGGAGGAUGAGCGGACCGCUCUGAGCCCGGACUGGGGCGGAUCGGGCCGGGGAGCAGACGGAGCCAUGGACGAGCCGUCGCUCCCCGUCCUGGCCCGGCUCGGCUACUCCAUCGGCCACUUUCUCAACGACCUGUGUGCGUCCAUGUGGUUCACCUACCUGCUGGUGUACCUGCACUCGGUGCUGGGAUACACGUCGGGCGGCGCCGGCGUCCUGCUCCUCGUGGGCCAGGUGGCCGACGGCAUCUGCACCCCGCUCAUCGGCUACGAGUCGGACCAGUCGGGCGGCUGCGGGCGCUACGGCCGCCGCAAGUCUUGGCAUCUGGUCGGUACAGUGAGUGUCCUGCUGUCCUUCCCCUUCAUCUUCAACCCCUGCUUGGGUUGUGGGAACUCCACUCCGGAAUGGGCCAGCCUCUUCUACUAUGCUCCCUUUGUCAUCAUCUUCCAGUUUGGCUGGGCAGCCACGCAGAUCUCCCACCUGGCUCUCAUCCCCGAGCUAGUCACUAACGACCAUGACAAGGUGGAGCUCACAGCCUUCAGGUACGCUUUCACAGUCAUGGCCAACAUUACCGUGUAUGGGGCAGCCUGGCUGCUGUUGCACUUUGAGAGGGGCCAGCCCCAGGCACCUAGCAGCACUGAUCAGCUGGGGCAGCAUGACAUUCCUGUCUUCCGGAAUCUCUCUUUAAUUGUGGUUGGGGUUGGUGCUGUCUUCUCCCUCCUGUUCCAUGUGAGCACCAAGGAGAAGAGGUCCUCCCCGCUGAGGGAGGCACCAGAAACCACUGAACGUACCCCCUUGCUGCCUGCUGCCCCAAAGCCCCCUGCUCAGUCCCUGCUACUCUGGAAACACUGGCUGAGAGAGCCCGCCUUUUAUCAGGUGGGGUUGCUAUAUAUGACUACUCGGCUCAUUGUCAAUCUGUCCCAGACCUACAUCGCCAUGUAUCUCACCAACUCACUCCUGCUGCCCAAGAAGUAUAUUGCCACCAUUCCUCUGGUAAUGUACAUCAGCGGUUUCCUCUCCUCUUUCCUUAUGAAGCCUGUCAACAAGUGGAUUGGGAGAAAUCUGACCUACUUUGCUGGUGUCCUGGUGAUCUUGGCCUUUGCCUCCUGGGUGGCCCUAGUUGACCGGCUAGGGGAACUCAUCUAUGGCGCAGCUGUGCUGCUGGGUGUGGGCUCUGCCACCAUCCUGGUCACCUCUCUGUCGAUGACAGCUGACCUCAUUGGGCCCCACACGCACAGUGGGGCCUUCGUAUAUGGGGCCAUGAGCUUCACAGACAAGGUGGCCAACGGGUUCGCUGUGAUGGUCAUCCAGAACCUGCACCCCUGCCCGACGGAGCUGUGUUGUCCGGUCUGCAUCACCUUCUACCACUGGGUGAUGGUGGUGGUGACGGGGGGCAUGGGCGUGGUUGCCACCUUCUGCUUAUGCUCCAUCAUCAUCUGGCCCAUCCGAGUCCGAUUCCGUUUCUCCUGUGCUCUUCAAAAGGAAGUCCCCCACCUGGGCCGGCUUUACGUCACUCAACACUAUCUCUGCUUCUGCUACAGUCUUUUCCUCAAGGAUAUGAAGCUGGUGAUUCCAAUCACCUCCAUCACCAACAUCAAAAAGGCCAACACUGCCCUGCUUGUGCCCAAUGCCCUCAGUGUCCGCACUAUGGAGGGAGAGAAGUUUCUUUUUGUGUCUUUACAUCUCCGGGAUACAGCUUAUCGGCUCCUGAAUUCCCUGUGCCAAAGCCUCCAGGCCGACGGCCCCACGAGCAUCCCCCCGGUCUCUCCCGGUGGCAGCGACAGCAGCAUUAAAGGCAACAAGAAGUCGCAGGACUUGAGCCCAUCUGAGUCAGAGGGGAACCAGCAGGCAGGACCCGGCUUCUGGCACACCCCAGGUCAAGCAACCGGGCCAAACCAGGUGAAGGUAGAAGCUGAAGAGGAGCCUGCAACCCUGGGGCCCGAGAAGCCCUGGGCCCAACCCCUGAUGAUGCCUCCCCCAGCUGGCUCGUGCCCGCCCCUCAGCACCCUUGACAUUGUGGUCCGCAUCUACUUUGUGCUAAUGGUGGUCCUGCUAGUGUCCUCGGGCUACAUUGGCCUGAAGAUGGUGGAACUGGAGCAGCAACUGCAGUCCUUGGGGGCCUGGCCAGAGAUGAACCUGGGAAGCCAGUACAAAGAGUCUUGAUGGGGCCAGGCAGAGAUGCUGGAGCCGAGGAACAGAGAUGCCCAAGACAUCCAGGCUGGUGAUCUCUCCUGUCACAAGACCCGACCCGAGAAGGGGCUAUUUUCCCCUCCACAGGAUUGAUAACACACAGGGGCCAGGUGAGGCUGGGGGAAGAGUAUGCCCAAACCUAUUCUCCUGCCACUGCUUUCUCACUCCAAGCCUCAGCUUCUCCCUCUCCCCUCUCCCUUCCAAGUUCUGGCCCUUCCUUUCAGCCCCUUUAUGUCCCCUUUCUCUGAUGGGGAAUUGAGGUCUAAGCUUAUUAGCUCCAACCCCCUGCUGCCCCUGCACCUGUUAAGGGUGACUGCUACAGCCCAGCUCCUGUGGUCUCCCAUCAGGAUCUGGAUUCUUCCCAGCCUGUCCCCCAGUCCUGGGGUAUGUUUUGUGUGUGUGAGCCUUUUUGGACUCUUUGACGUUGACUGUUCAUACUUGUUUAGGAAUAAAGACAGUAAAAUUUGGA